AUGGCCAUGCAAGCACAGAAGAUGAGGUGUGCUUGGGGCAGGCUUUGCCUGCUGCUUUCCCUGCUCCUCCAGCUGCCGGGCUCCCAGGCCAAAUGCUACUUCCAGGCUAAAGCUCCCUGUGAGUACGAAGGGAAACAGUUCUCCCUUGGGGAAUCGUGGCUGAGCACCAACUGCCUGCUCUGCACCUGCCUGCACCCCGUUGGCGUGGGCUGCUGUGAGACCACCCAGCACCCCAUCGACUUCCCCGACUGGUGCGAGGCUCACUACGACUCACAGACCUGCCAGAUCUCGGUAGUGCAGAAGGCCAACCCCAGCCUGCCGUGCGUGAAGAGCGUGGAGCACGAGUGGGGCUCGGCCAGCACCCCCGAGCCGCUGGUGAACAAGCUGCUGGGCGCGGGGCUGAGCAGAUAG